CAGUGGCUCAAGCACAGGGUCAAAGCACAAACCUCUACCCACAAUAACAUGGCUCAACUCUUCGACAAGAGACUAUUAUCCGUUGUCGAUGAUCUCUUUGUCGCCCAUCGAGCAUCUCCAUCGUCUUUGGACAAUUUUAAUACCGAGUUGGCACUUCUCCAGGAAGAUCUCCUCGAAGGACAGCAAUCUGGCACCUUGUCCGAAUCUACAUCCGACCUGGCGUAUGCGGUGUCCAAGACCGUUGAGGUUGUUUGCCAAACUUUAAUGAAUUUGCAUGUUGGAACAUCAAAGAUCUUACUGGAAUCGGAAAAAAUAUUCGAGGCUGCUUUGGAGAAGGAAUCGACAGCAGCAUCGCCUCCGCCUCCUACCCGCACAAUCAAAAAACGAGCACGCUCUUCCACGUCCCCGGAACCCCCGACAAAGCGCAAGCGCACAAAGCGAGUAGUCUCCACCGAGUCAGCCUCUUCAUCCUCCUCCUCCUCAUCUUCCUCGCGCUCAUCGACCCCCGCCCUAUUAAAGCGCGACUACACACCCCUCUACACCUGGCUUUCAAACAACCUGCACGACCCCUACCCAUCCGCGUCCGUGCGGAGCGACCUAUGCCGAGCCUCGGGGGGCGCGGACGUCGAGCGGUGGUUCACGUCCGCACGACGGCGGAUCGGGUGGACAGAACUCGUGAAACGCGUUCCGGGGGGUCGGGAACGAGUCGUGAGUGCGGCAAAGAGCUACUGGAAGGAUGAAGGGGAGGAGUACCCGGGGAUCGAGGUGGAGUUUGCGUUGAUUGAGAAAAACUUGAAGGACGUGUAUGGGCCGCGGUUUGACGGGCCGGGGGAGGUGGUCAAGUUGUUUGGCGUCGUACCCAGUUUGAAGCGCAAGAGGGACGAAGAGGAAGAGGUCCCGCAGCAGAGCUCGAAGCGCCACAAGGAGGAGAGGCCGCCCAAAACGUUCCGGCCAUAUGAGCCACCCAACCUCGACAACUGGUUCGGUGAUGUGUACCCCACCCCCGAGGGCAACGUCCAGCUCGAGGUGGACAUUCCUGCACCUCUCGAAGCCCCGCCCAUUACAUCAGACUUGGACAGCUUCCAGGCUGCCUUUGACACGCCGAUAACAGACUAUUACGGAUCCCUUGAUUUCGACCUUUCAAACUUUGACUUUAGCGCAGACCCAUCAUCAUGGAUUACAGAUCCCAUAUUUAACAGCACGCCAUUCGACUUUGGCAUUGCAGUGGCAUAA